GGUUUUCUGGUAAUAUGCCGUUAGGGAGUACAGAAAUUUUCCAAACUAAUUUAAUUGGACAAAACUCAAAAGGGUACUGUUUAUAUCGCCUGUCCCUUGUCCUAAGCUCUAAAUCGAGAUAAUCCAUGGCCUCUGCUAGUCUCCUUCUUCAAAUCAAUCCCAGUCGCUUUCCGUUUCCCAACUGCAAGGCGCGUCGCUCAGAUAAAUUCAAACAGACGCAGUUGUCUCUUUCCGUGCCCCUCGGCCAAUCAGGUCCUUUCCCGCCAUUUCCACCAUCUACUGUGAACCAAUGGACCGCAAAAUCCACCGUAAUUUCGUGCGCUAACGUGUCGGGGCCACCGUUUGUGAGCGAGUCGGACCCAAAGGUUGAGGCGUCGGAGGCAACAAGAGAGCAGGUGCAGCCUUCGAAAUUGAUAAGCUGGGGUCUUUUGUGGGGUCUUUUGCUUAAUCAUAAGCUGAGCCUUGGGAUUUCACUUCUGACUCUUGUUGGUUGUACUACCUGUACUCUCUCAAUGCCCAUAUUUUCAGGCCGAUUCUUUGAAGUGCUUAUUGGCGCAAGGCCAGACCCUCUAUGGAGGCUGCUGGGUAAGGUUGGACUUCUAUAUUCGUUGGAACCUAUUUUCACUGUGAUCUUUGUUGUGAACAUGAACACUAUUUGGGAGAAGGUAAUGUCAAAAUUAAGAGCUCAUACAUUCAGAAGAGUUUUGAUACAGAAGACAGAGUUUUUUGAUCGAUACAAGGUUGGUGAAAUCAGUGCUUUAUUAACAUCUGAUUUAGGUGCUCUGAAAGAUAUUGUCAGCGAGAACAUUUCAAGGGAUCGUGGUUUUAGGGCACUCUCUGAGGUGAUUGGGACUAUAUGCAUACUAUUUGCUCUGGCCCCUCAGCUGGCUCCAAUUCUGGGCAUACUGAUGCUUAGUGUGUCUGUUUUAAUUGCCACAUUUAAGCGGUCAACUAUACCCAUUUUCAAAGCUCACGGCAAGGCCCAAGCAUCUAUAUCUGAUUGUGUGACAGAAACUUUUUCUGCUAUUCGCACUGUAAGAUCUUUUGGGGGUGAAAAGCGCCAAAUGUCAAUGUUUGGCAGUCAGGUUCUUGCUUAUCAGACUAGCGGCAUAAAGCUUGGGACCUUCAAAUCUUUGAAUGAAUCAUUGACAAGAAUUGCUGUUUACAUCUCUUUGAUGGCCUUAUAUUGUCUUGGAGGUAGCAAAGUGAAGGCAGGUGAACUCUCUGUUGGAACUGUUGCUUCUUUUAUUGGAUACACAUUCACGUUGACAUUUGCUGUUCAAGGACUAGUCAAUACAUUUGGAGACCUUCGUGGUGCAUUUGCUGGGGUUGAGAGGAUUAAUUCUAUUCUGUCUGGAAUAGAAACGGAUGAAGCCCUUGCGUAUGGUCUAGAAAGAGAAAUACAGGAAAAAGAAAAACAUGAUGAGAUAAUUGAGUUAUACUUUGUCAACGGUUACAGUGGGGAGAAUAAGUAUUUUAGCACGCAUUACAUGUCAGGCUUGAAAUCAGCUAGCAACCUGCAUACCUAUGCUUGGACUGGUGAUGUUUGCCUUGAAGAUGUUCAUUUUUCUUAUCCACUGAGACCUGAUAUAGAAAUCUUAAAUGGUCUUCAUUUGAAACUAAAGUGUGGAACCAUGACUGCCCUAGUGGGCCCGAGCGGUGCUGGCAAGAGUACUAUAGUUCAGCUAUUGGCACGCUUUUAUGAGCCAACUAGAGGUCAGAUAACUGUUGCAGGAGAAGAUGUCCGGACAUUUGAUAAAACUGAAUGGGCUCGAGUUGUCUCCAUAGUGAAUCAA